AUGGAUUUACUAAAAGAUACAGGUUUUAUAGGCAGCAAACCAUCAGCAACUCCCAUGGAUCCUCUGAAGAAAUUACAGUUAAACUCAGGAACUCCUAUGGAAGAUGCUUCUAAAUAUAGAAGAUUAAUUGGGAGGCUUCUCUAUCUCUGCAUUACAAGGCCCAACAUUACCUUUGCUGUUCAUAAAUUGAGCCAAUAUGUCUCAAAUCCGUGUGCUGAACAUUGGCAAGCAGCAGAAAAAGUCCUAAAAUAUUUGAAAGGAAGCCCAGCUCAUGGUUUGUUCUAUUCAAGCAGUAGUAAACCGACUCUGAGUAUAUUCUCUGAUGCGGAUUGGGCCGCUUGUCCUGAUACAAGAAAGUCCAUGACCGGGUACUGCCUUCUCCUUGGAAACUCCAUGAUAUCUUGGAAAGCUAAGAAGCAAAGUACUAUAUCCAGAUCUUCUGCAGAGGCAGAAUAUAGAGCCAUGGCUCAAGCCACUUGCGAAGUUGUAUGGGCUAUAGCUAUACUUGGUGAUUUUGGAGUAAAAACUGAAAAGGCAGUUCCUCUGUAUUGUGAUAAUCAAUCAGCUAUUCACAUAUGCUCCAAUCCGGUUUUCCAUGAGAGAACAAAACAUAUAGAAAUUGAUUGUCAUACAGUGAGAGAGAAGUAUUUAAAGGGUGUGAUCAAGCCUUUACACAUACGCAACAAUCUGUAA